AUGGGUGAUACUGAAACAUCACUGUUUCAAGGGCAGACAGCCUGGUUCUCCAAUAGUGUGCUGGAGGAAAAGAUUAAACUUUGGGAACACCACGGAGGUUUACUCGCAGGAAUUGACCAUGCUCAGUUUGUUUUUAGUGAAGAUGAGGAGGCACCUGAUACAAAAAUGAUAUUUAGCAGUGAGGCCUAUAUAGAUGAGCAUCUGGCUGUUUUCCAUGCUUUGUAUGUGUCGGACGCUGUCAAGCAGAAAUAUGGUCCCAAAAUACUACUUGGGGAUUAUUUUCUACCACCUAAAGAUAUACAACAGUUGAUCAGAAAGCAGAUGAAAUUCAAAUGGGAGCACGUCAAUGAGAGCAAUAAGGAUGACUCAAACUCAGAUGAAGAAGAGGGUGCUACAUUAGCAAGGCAAGCAGCAGAAGGCAUCAGUCAAUAUGGAAAGGAAAUACGUUGUGAAGGUGAAGAUUAUGUAAAUAUUGCAGCUUUAUCUAAAAUUACAGGAGAGAUUGUGGACUUUGUUCCUGGAAAAGAUGGUUGUGAAGUUGGUAGUAAAAAUAAGGCAAAACCAUGACAGUAUUGAUGAUCAAGUUUACCUCAUUGAAUCAUAUGAGUCUGAAGUUUGGUUCAUCAUCCCCUCUGCUUCAUGAAGGAAAACCAGUAUCCUUGUAUAAUUGAAGCCCCCGUCCCUCCACGCCA